AUGGAUUUGUCUUUGCCUGCGGGCCUUUCCAUGGAAGCCAAGUCCAAGCUUCAAAAACUUAUACAGGAGUUUGAAGAUGGAGAUUUGACAGCAAAAGGAUACUACAAAAAACGGCACGAACUGAUGGAGUUGAAUGGCAUUUCUGCAUCUCCAGUGCAAUCACCCAGAUCAGCAGCGCACCAAAACUUCCCCCAUACUCGAAACCAUAGCCUUUCCUCUACGAUACGAUCGCAUCGGUCUCAGGGUACACCCAAAAAAGAUAACUACGUCCUAAACACUUCGCCAACGCUCAAUUCAAGACAAACUUCAAGCUCCACGUACAGGGUCACAACGCGUAAUUCUAGCCUAUUGAAUAGUGGAGCUUGCUCGCUAACGUCGGUUAGAGCUGGCGGCGAGGAAGGCUCGUCGGCAUCCCUCUACCGCCCAAUGAUCCCUUUGCUGCCGCGAACUGAAAAUUCACCCGUCUCGGACUCGUUGCCAUACAUUCUUCGGUCUAGAUCGCAGCUCUACGAACGUGAAACUGCUUUCACAUGCGUAAAUCACAAGAAUAAAGAAUCGAGCAUAUCGUGGGACAAGCUUUACCUUCGAGCAGAGCGCGUGGCACACGAAAUCGAGAAACACAGACUUUACAAAAUGGCCAAGGUAUUACUUUGGUUCAAUAAAGACGAUCUCGUGGAGUUUGCAGUUUCUAUUCUCGGGUGUUUUAUAGCCGGGAUGGUGGCCGUACCGGUCUCUUUACAAACAUACUCUCUGGGCGAGAUCAUCCAAAUUGUUGGACUCACGAGUGCAACACUAACCCUCAUAUCGGAACACUGCUUGAAGCAAAUAGAUAAUUUGGAAUAUGGCGAUAGCGCCAAGGUAAAACUUACCAAAGACGGCGCUCUUUCUCAAAUGACGUUCAUUUCAACUGAAGAUCUUGGCGUCUACUCAAAGGCAAAGAAAAACAAACCUCUUUUUGAAAUACCAAGUGUAUCAUACAUUGAAUUCACCAGAACACCCCUUGGGCGUCUAUCUGGUGUUGUGAUAAAACACAAAAUGCUGUCCAAACAGCUGGAAACGCUUGCGAACAUCUUAAACUCGCGAAGAGAGAAGCAUUGGACUACAGGAGACGUACGGAGAUCUUAUAAAAAUAAAAGAACACCAUCUAGGUAUACCAUACUCAGUAGUUUAGAUCCUACUAGGUCUUCGGGACUGAUUUUUGGCGUUCUGUUCAACAUAUACACAGGUAAUUUGUUAAUGACUGUGGAUGAUAGCUUACUCCAGCAGGCGGGACUGUAUGAAAACAUCAUCAACAAGCAUCGAGUCAGUAUUCUACUAAACGACCAACUGCAACUUAAGCAAGUGGUCAUAAAUUACCUGGAGAAUCCAUCUCUAGUGACGUCCAAGAAAAACAAAAUCGACAUGGGCUGCGUCAAAUGGUGUCUCACUUCCUGCACAAAUAUCGACACAGAGGUUACGGAUAUGAUUGUACACAAAUGGCUCAAGAAUUUAGGUUGCUUAGACGCAUCGCAAUGCUAUUCUCCUAUGCUCACGCUUCUCGAUUUUGGCGGGGUUUUUAUCUCUUUAAAAGACCACCUUGGCAACCUAGAGAACUUUCCUGUACAUGACUCCAAACUCCGAUUGCAAGACGAGCUUUUUAUCGACAAAGAGAAAUUGAAGGAAAACAUUGUAAGUCCAAGUAUAACGGCAAUGAUCAAUUCCUCGAGCUCCACUAAAGACUUCCUUCGACUAGCAUGCUUCGGAUUUCCCAUUCCAGAUGCUACAGUAUGCAUUGUGAAUCCCGACGACAGCACCCUCGUUCCUGAUUUGACAAUAGGAGAGCUCUGGAUUUCAUCACCAAGCAUAACCGACGAGUUUUAUCAGAUGGAUAAGAUCAAUGAGUUUGUUUUCAACGCCCGACUAAAUUUCAAAAGAAUGUCCGAAGUUUUGCAAUGGACCGCACUGGGCGCCCAACUUGACGUUUCAGUUUCGUCAGAACGUCUGAAUAUGAUAAUGGGGAUAUGCGCCCCCGAAAAGACCUACAUUCGAACCAAACUGAUGGGUUUCGUCCAUAACGGAAAAAUAUAUGUUUUGUCACUGAUAGAGGAUAUGUUCCUCCAAAACAAGAUGGUCAGGUUACCAAAUUGGUCCCAUACCUCAGAUGUCACAAGAGCCCGGAGGAGCGAAGUAUCUCAUAAUAGCCGAACAACCAACAAACUGGAUUCGCUCACCUCAAAAAGAGUUGUUCAAACUUUUUAUUUGCAGCAUAUCACUGAGAAUGUUGUAAGAAUGGUGGAUAAAGCAUCUGAGGUUUCAGUUUUUGAACUUCCUCAAAACAAGGACGAACAUUUUUUAAUAAUGGCUGUCGAGAGCUCUUUGGCUUCCCAAUCGGCUCUAAUCACCACGUCAAGCUUGCCAAUUACGCCACAGCAAAGGGAACAACAUGAGAAAAAGAUGGCUAGCACAGUGGAACAGAUCUACAAAAUUCUCUGGAUUUUUCACAGAAUACAACCUCUAUGUGUCAUGUUAGUAUCACCUCGGUCUCUUCCACGUCGAUAUUGCUCGCUUGAGAUUGCAAAUAGCACUGUUGAGAAGAAGUUUCUUGGUGGUCUAUUAAGUUCAAAGUUUGUGAAAUUCCAGCUUGAUAAUGUUAUUUUGGACUUCAUUCCGCACUCAAGUUUUGUUAACGAGAGUAUCUUCUCAGAGCAUUUGUCCUCUUUGAGACAUGAAGCGAUGGCACAAGAGGUAACAAUUGCAACAGGCUCUCCACCUCAGCUCACUUGGCAGACAUCCGGCAUAGACUAUCGCGAAAAAGCAUUGGAUUACAGAACGAACACAGAUUUGGCUCCAUUCCCGAAUAUUUUAGAGAUUUUAGAAUGGAGAUCUAGAAAAAAUGGUGACGAGUUUGCUUUUAGUGAUGGAAACGCUGGUACCUCGAGCUUGACGGCUAGUUCGAACAGCUUGCACAACAAAGUGUCCUGGAAAACAUUUUUGUCGAUAGUGGGUUGGUUUGUCAAGAAAAUCGUGCAAUCUAAAACACCCUUGAAAGGCGGCGACCAUGUUAUUGUUCUAUGUGACAACUCUGUGGAGUAUGUCGCAAUAGUUCUCGCUUGCUUCUAUGCUAACUUGAUAGUCAUACCGAUUGCUCGUCUAGAUGACACACAUCCUGAGGAAGAGGUUAGCUUUUUACUGAGCACUGUACUUAACUACAAAGUGAAAAGAAUAUUUGUCGACACUAAGAUGCAAGCUAUACUUGAUGAUGGGAUUCAGAUCAGCAGAACGCUAAAGCGAUACAAACAUCUUCUCCCAAAAAUAACAGUAUUCUCAAAAAUAAAAAAGAAAGGGGAUAUAUCCUCGGCAGGGCUCAAGUCUCUAUUGAAAGAAAGACACGGCUCCAGCUCGGUUUCGUCCAGUUCAUGUGUGAUAUGGGUGGACCGGGAGCGAGACACUGACCGGGAACUAAACGUGGUCAUGACACACAAGGUACUGCUUAACAUGUGUAAGAUCUCCAAAGAGACAUUGCAACUGACCAGUGAUAACCCAAUCAUCUCCAUAUAUAACCAUACUAAUGGUUUGGGUUUCAUUCAAAGUUGCCUUCUGGGCAUAUAUGUGGGCGCUACUACAUGCUUUUUUAAUUUCCAAGAGGUUUUGAGCGAUUCAACCAGUUUUUUGGUAGCUUUGCAAAACUUGAAUGUCAAAGACUUGAUUCUGAGUCCAGAAAUGCUCUAUGCGAUGAUGGAUCAAGCAAAUUCCUUAAUUCAGAAAGGCAAAAUUCCGACCGCAGGGAAAAAGGAUCUAAGAUCAGCUAAGUCUGUACUGCGGCCGGACUUUUUGCAAAAGAUCCAAAACAUCAUGAUACCCUCGAGAGGCAGACCAAACAUUGUUGCUAUCCAAAACACCCUAAAGAGAUACCCGUCCAUAACGGUGGGCCCUACGCAAUUGAACCACGUUUACCAACACCUGUUUAAUCCUUUGAUAUCUCUGCGAUCAUACUUAGGUAUCCCACCGGUGGACAUUUAUUUGGACUUGGUAUCUUUGAGGGAAGGUGUGAUCAGAGAAGUGGACCCCAGUACACUCUCUGCCAAGGAACUAGACCAGUGUCUCCAUUUACAAGACUCGGGUGUUGUUCCGGUUUGUACAGACCUUUUGGUCGUGAAUCCCGAAACCCUUCAACCAUGCUUCGAACAUGAGGUGGGUGAAUUAUGGUGUUGUUCGGAGGGCAAUGUCUAUGACUACAACAUUAGUCGAGUUCUGCCCGCUGAAAAGCGUUUAAUGACGUCAAAUGGGAAAGGCAACAAAGGCCAAUUGACUAAGCUACCUUUCAUUUCCAGUCAGUUUAAGUCUAAGCUUCAAGGCGACGCGGACAACGGACUAUCGUACCUCAGAACAGGUGACCUGGGCUUCAUGAAGAGCAUCAAAUGCACAGACUCGCGGGACAAUGUCUUAAGCCUAACAUUGUUGUAUGUUUUGGGCAGCAUAAACGAGACCAUCGAAAUACUGGGCCUGACACAUUUUGUGGUGGAUCUCGAGAGAACCGUGAAAAACGCACACGCUUCUAUCUACAAUUGCGUAGUAGCCAAGGUAGGUGGCUUGCUAAGCUGUCUGAUUGAGUGUCGUGGCAAUAGGGCGUACGAGUAUUCGAAUUUGAUCCCUCUCGUGGUGGCCGCGCUUUUGAAAGACAACGGAGUGGUUCUAGACUUGUGCUGUUUCAUUGAGCCAAACUCUCUCAAAUACGGCAUCAAGAGAUGGCAAAACAACCGAAUGACUAUUUUAUCCGACUGGUUGCGCGGCAAGCUUAAGAUUGACGCUCACUUCGGCAUCAACUACGGCGAAAACAACUCUAUUUACCUGUUGUCAGACUUUGAGAAUGAGGAGUGA